GUACACAAUCUUCAGCUUGUUGCUGAAGGAGAUGCAGAGCUGUCAGAACAGCUUUGUGAAGAAGAAGGUUCAGAGCCACCUGAAAGCUAUGGAGACCUUCAGUAGCAAGUCUGAGUUCUGGAAGUGCCAAGUUCAGAAGUAUGCUUUGUCCAAAAAGGCACUUCAGAACAUCUUGAGCAAAGAGCAGCACUGGCAUGACUUUCAGCAGAAGUAUCAGCAAGAUGCUGCCUGGAAGGUUGGCAGUUUGGAGAUACUUGAGUCUGUGGUCUUUGCCCAGGAGGAGAUGAGCAAGAAGAACCUUGAGGAUGAAUGGGUUCUUAAGGCAGCCAUCAGAAAUGGCAUCUUGGGCUACAUCCCUUCAGGAGGCAAGCUUCAGAAGGUCACUGAGUGCAGCUGGGCUCAAGCAGAAGGCUUUCAGAUGGGAACAAAGAGAAUCCCAUCAGAUUGGUUCAAGGACAGAUUCAGUUGGCUCAGUCCUGAUGGCAAGCCCAUUGAGCCAGACUGGUCUCUUUCAGACAGCGCCUCAGAGAUUGCAGACCUUCAGAGAUGGGACUACCACAGCAAAGAAGAUGAGCAACAUGAUUCAGCAGAUGAGGGCCAACACCUUGAGCUGGUUGAGAUUGAAGGUGAACUUGAAGAGCAGCUUGAGCUCAGUCUUGAGAACUCGCUGAACCUGAGGCUUCACCCAUCCUUGAGGAGAGCUCUGCACAAGAGACUUGCAGACCCUGCUUUUGAGGAGCAGUUGAAGAAGAAGAAGGUUGCUGAGAAGAUCACUGAUGUGAAGAAGGCUGAGAAGGCUGAGAAGGCCAAGAAGCCAGCACUUGAGGAGCCACUUCCACUUGAGGAGCAGGUUGAGGAGCAGGCUGAGGAGCAGGUGGACUCAGCUCGUGGCUUCCUUAAGAAGGAGGUUAUAGUCACUUCAGAGGCAGCAGGCAAGUUAGCCUUUGGGCAAGAUGGCACAGCUCAUUUCUGGAGCCCUUCUUCAGGCAGGUACAACAUUUUGACAACUUCAGGCACCUUCAUGGUUUUACCUGAAGAGGUGGAGCUUAAGGUGCCUCAGAAGGUCAAGACCUUUCAGUGGCCUGCCUUCAGGCAGCUCAGUAGGGAGGAGAUGAGGCUCAUGCUUCAGCAGCUGCAUUGCCUUCCUGAGGAUGGCUUAGGUGAGGUUGACCUCUUAGCUGGGGUGCACAAGGACACAGUUCUGCUUGAGGAUCAGCACAUUCAGAUGGGCUGGUCCCUGUUGAGCUGGGCACUUCAGAAGUCAGGUGCAGCCAUACCUUCAGACCAGUUUGGAAUUGUGGAUUCAGCUCUGACCCGCAACAUUGCACUUCAGGUGCAUGUUGAGCACAAGCAGUUUUUGAUUCAGAAGCUGAAGAACCACCUCGAGCGCCAUUCAGUUCUUUGUGUGCCAAUCUUCAGUGAGAAUCCAAGCCAUUGGACUCUGCUGGUUGUGGACCAAAGAUUCAGCCCAGCCCAGUUGAGGUGGUAUGACAGCCUUCAGCAUCAGUCCCAGGAUGCAAUUCAGGCUGCAACCCUUGUGGCAGAGUGGCUUCAGCUGGCUGGGUUUGAGCCCUUGAGAGUGAAUUCAGCCUUCCAGGACAAUUCAGACUGUGGCUGGUGGGUCCUGAAUUACCUUGAGCUGGAGGCCAGGAAGUUGAGAGGUGAGACCAUCACCUUGUGGCCUGCCUCAAGGGCUCAGUACUGGAAGAGUCGCCUUAUCCAGAUUUCAGCAAGCCUUGCAAAGGAGCUUAGCAAGGUUCAGACCCAGCUGGAGAAUGACAUUAAGAAGAGGCAGGAUAAGGAGAAGAAGGCUCAGGCUGCUAAGGCAGCUGCUGAGGAGAAGCUGAGCAGCAUGAAGAACAAGGAGUCAGCAGCUGCAGCCAAAGCCAAGGAGCUCAUUGAGACCAAUUCCUUAAGGGUCACAUGGAAGGAUCUCACCCUUGAGGAGAAGCACCAAAUCAAGAGCCUUCAGGGGGCCCCUGAGGAGACCCAGCUUCAGGCAGAGAUUGGUCGAGCUCCUUCAGAAGAGUCUUCUGGCAAGAGGAGGAAGCUUGAGAACAAGGAAGUUGAGAAUCAGGAGCAGGCCAUCUUCAGCCAUGCUGAGAGCUUUCAGAUGACCAUUGACAGCUACGCUGAGGAGAAGGUUCAGCAGGAGAAGGAGUUGAAGGAGCUUGAGGGCUGA